AUGAAUGAACUGGACUCACUAAGGCAAGAGGCUGAAACGCUGAAAAAUGCCAUACGAGAUGCAAGAAAAGCAGCAUGCGAUACAAGUCUGUCGCAAGCGACCACCAGCAUGGAACCGGUCGGCCGGAUACAAAUGCGAACGAGACGUACCCUACGUGGACAUCUCGCCAAAAUAUAUGCCAUGCAUUGGGGCUCUGACUCCAGAAAUCUAGUAUCAGCCUCACAAGAUGGAAAGCUUAUCGUAUGGGACAGCUAUACGACAAACAAGGUACACGCCAUACCACUUAGGUCUAGCUGGGUGAUGACGUGUGCAUAUGCCCCAUCAGGCAGUUUCGUUGCUUGUGGUGGCUUAGACAACAUAUGUUCAAUUUAUAGUUUAAAAACAAGAGAAGGUAAUGUAAGAGUUAGCCGAGAACUGCCAGGGCACACAGGUUACUUAUCAUGUUGUAGAUUCCUUGAUGAUAACCAAAUUGUCACCAGUUCAGGAGAUAUGUCAUGUGCAUUAUGGGAUAUUGAAACUGGCCAACAGUGUUCAUCAUUCAUUGGACAUACUGGCGAUGUUAUGUCUCUGUCAAUGUCACCUGAUAUGCGAACAUUUGUAUCAGGAGCUUGUGACGCUUCAGCAAAAUUAUGGGAUGUUCGAGAUGGAACCUGCAAACAAACGUUCCCAGGACAUGAAUCUGAUAUCAACGCUGUCACGUUUUUCCCGAAUGGCUAUGCCUUUGCUACUGGCUCAGAUGAUGCUACCUGUCGUUUAUUUGAUAUCAGGUCUGACCAAGAAUUAGCUAUGUACUCACACGACAACAUAAUAUGUGGCAUAACAUCUGUAUCAUUUUCAAAAUCUGGACGUCUACUAUUGGCAGGUUAUGAUGAUUUUAACUGCAAUGUUUGGGACUCAAUGAAAGCUGAACGUGCCGGUAUAUUGGCUGGUCAUGACAACCGAGUCAGUUGCCUGGGAGUAACUGAAGAUGGCAUGGCUGUUGCUACCGGUUCUUGGGAUAGCUUUUUACGUAUUUGGAACUGA